AUGUCGUCCAGCGGAGGAAUAGAAAUACCAAGUCGUCUCCCGCUGCUUCUGACCCACGAAGGAGUCCUGCUGCCGGGCUCCUCUGUCAGGUUCAGCGUGUAUUCUCCGAGAAAUAUGCAGUUGGUGAAGCACCGUCUUUUAAAGGGAACUUCUCUGAAAAGCACGAUUAUUGGAGUAGUUCCUGGCACUAAAGACCCAGACUCUGAGAUAGCCGACUUACCUUCUCUUCACAAGGUUGGCACUGCAGGUAUAGCAGUACAGGUUGUGGGUAGUAACUGGCCAAAGCCCCACUACACCCUUCUCAUCACCGGAUUAUGCCGUUUUAGUAUUUCUAGUGUGCUUAAGGACCGACCUUUUGUGCUAGCAGAGGUGGAGCAGUUAGACAGACUGGAGCAGUUCACCAGCGCUGUAUCCGAGAGUGUGACCGGAGAAGAGGAAGAGCUCAGAGAGUUGUCCCACAAGUUCCAUCAGUCGGCUAUUCAGUUGUUAGGUAUGUUGGAUAUGACAGUUCCUGUGGUUGCCAAGUUUAGGCGUCUUCUGGACAGUCUGCCCAAGGAAGCGCUUCCAGAUGUGGUAACAUCUAUGAUUCACACUUCAAACAAGGAAAAACUACAGGUUUUGGAGGCAGUGACAUUAGAAGAAAGGUUCAAAAUGGCUUUGCCAAUGCUAACCCGACAAAUUGAAGCUCUCAAGCUUCUUCAGAAAACCAGAAAGAGUAAUACUGACCUUGAAAAGAGGGUGUUUUCGGUGCAUAAAGGGCUCCCUGGACGCCAGUUCAAUGUGGAUGAGGAGAAUGAUGAUGGUGAUGAUACCACAGCACUGGAGAGGAAGAUCUAUGGAGCCAACAUGACUGAGGCAGCACUGAAAGUCUGCAUCAAAGAGCUGAAGAGGCUUAAAAAGAUGCCCCCGUCAAUGCCCGAAUAUGCACUCACAAGGAAUUACUUGGACUUAAUGAUUGAGUUACCAUGGAGUAAAAACAGCACAGAUUGCCUGGACAUAGGAGCUGCUCGCACUCUUCUGGACAAUGACCAUUAUGCCAUGGACAAGCUGAAGAGGCGAGUGCUGGAGUAUCUCGCCGUCCGACAGCUGAAGAGCUCACUAAAGGGUCCUAUUUUGUGUUUUGUGGGCCCGCCGGGUGUUGGUAAGACAAGUGUGGGACGAUCAAUAGCUCGGACCCUGGGCAGGGAGUUUCACCGCAUCUCUCUGGGAGGAGUCUGUGACCAAUCAGACAUCAGAGGACAUAGACGAACAUAUGUGGGCAGCAUGCCAGGUCGAAUUAUCAAUGGGCUGAAGACCGUGAGAGUGAAUAAUCCCGUGUUCCUUCUGGAUGAAGUGGAUAAACUUGCAAAGAGUCUUCAGGGGGACCCUGCUGCUGCUCUCUUAGAGGUUCUUGAUCCAGAGCAGAACCACAGCUUCACAGACCAUUACCUUAACGUGGCUUUUGACCUCUCACAAGUCCUCUUCAUUGCCACUGCCAACACCACAGCCACAAUUCCACCAGCGCUGCUUGAUCGGAUGGAGGUCUUGCAGGUACCAGGAUACACGCAGGAGGAAAAGAUGGAGAUUGCCCACAGGCACUUGAUCCCAAAGCAGUUGGAGGAGCACGGACUAACUCCACAACAGUUAAAUAUCCCACAAUGCACCACUCAAGACAUUAUCACCAGAUACACUCGUGAAGCAGGAGUGCGUUCUCUGGAGAGAAAGAUCGGGACAGUGUGCCGUGCUGUGGCUGUGAAGGUGGCAGAGGGUCAAAAUAUCACUAACCCUGAGGGUCUGACCUCUGAAUGCCAGGGUCAGCAGGCGGCUAAAGAAGCUCCUCCUGAGAUGCCCAUCGUGAUAGACCAGGCCGCCCUCAGGGACAUCUUGGGCCAUCCUGUAUUUGACAUAGAGGUGUCUGAGCGCCUCACUCUGCCAGGUGUAGCCUUGGGCCUGGCCUGGACUCCCCUCGGCGGUGAGAUCAUGUUUGUGGAGGCCAGUCGGACAGAAGGGGAGGGCCAGCUCACCCUCACUGGACUGCUGGGGGACGUCAUGAAGGAGUCUGCCCACCUCGCUAUCAGUUGGCUGCGGGCAAAUUCUAAAACCUACCAGCUCACCAAUAUUGUAGGGGGUCCUGAUCCACUGGAGGGCACUGACAUCCACCUUCACUUCCCUGCGGGAGCGGUCACAAAGGACGGCCCAUCAGCAGGCGUUACCAUAGUGACGUGUCUGGCCUCUCUGUUCAGCGGUAGGCUUGUGCGCUCGGACGUGGCGAUGAGUGGAGAAAUCACCCUGCGAGGACUUGUGCUGCCGGUGGGCGGGAUCAAAGACAAGGUGCUGGCAGCUCACCGCGCCGGAGUCAAGUGUGUCAUUCUGCCCAAACGUAAUGAGCAAGACUUGGAGGACCUGCCCGCCAACGUGCGCUCCAGCCUGGACUUUAUCCUUGUCUCCACUCUGGACCAGGUGCUCAACGGGGCCUUUGAUGGAGGGUUUCCAGGAACAGAACGUCCUCCGCUCUCAAUGCUCAGCAAACUCUAA